AAUACGCGUGUCUGUAAAAUGAGCCUCUUGACCAUAUUUAUUAUAAAACAUGACAUUAAAUUAUUCUGUAUAGAAACACUGAAGGUGGAUUUUGUAAAUGUGCCACAUGCAGGCCACAAUCUCUUCAAAUGACUUGUUUCUGCAAAAAUCAAAAUGCCUUUAAAAAAAAAAAUCUAUUGAUAUGUUUAUUUUUACUUUCCUUUCAGAUACGUCAUUUGGGUACAGUGAGUCGCAGGGUUAUGGCUUCAGACAAUACUGCUGGAGCCGACACAGCUCCUCAGCUGGUUGUGAAACUCAUUGGCAGCAAACUGAUCAGAUAUUAUACUGAAGAGCCGGAAAAGGAAAAAGAAGUCAAUAGCGAUGCUUCCGGGGAGAGUACAAACCGACCGCAGAAUAUUGAAAGCAGGGCAGUUAAGUCCCCCCCUGAUGAAGAGGGCGUGGCCACACAAACAAGGCAUGCGUCGGGUGGGGGGGAGUGGUCCCCAUGGCCCGUGCUUCCGCAGGUUCCAGACAGACAUUGUGUGACAGCACCCCCUGGGUGUUGCUCACUGGCCUGUACUAAUCCUAAAAAGACCCCCACACUGAGGUCUGCUCCCCACGUAGCCCUGAGGCUAAACUCAAGUCAGCUGGGAGUUCGUAGUGCCUCGAUGGAGAAAGAAGAGACAAAAGGAACCGAACACCACAAAGAAGAAAAAGACGUAGACCUCCUUUUCACUGCGGUGUCCGAAGAGCUGAAAGACUGGCGAAAGGAGGCACUGAAGAACAUUGAGAUGGAGCUUCAAGAACUCGACCCCUCCCACUGCGGGACUAUUGACCACUUUGAUCUCACCCAGGUGCUCUUCAGAAAUGAAGUUCCUCUGAAGCUGCCCACACUACAACUGCUCCUCCAUACCUUUUCCAGUUCAACCUGCCCAGAGGAGAUUCAUUAUAAAGAUUUACUCAGUUUCGUCACUGAUGCUGUAUUAGAAGAGGAACAGCAGGAGAAAACAGAGUCGGACGUUGGGAAUGCGCUGCAGAGAUCUGCGAGUGUUUCUGACCCCACCCACAGUGAGCCCCCCCCAGGCUUGGGCCUCCCCAGGGAGACAGAGAUCUGGCUGCAGAGGUUCCAAAAAAUGGAGGAAGCAAUGUGGAUGUGUGACAGCCAAAACUCUGGAUUCAUUGACAAGGAUAAGGCGAGACACCUGAUUCAAAACUACAAUCUCAUCUUCGACUUGAACCUGAGCCCAGUGAAAAUUGAUGAGGCAAUCCGUGGUUCACAGUCAGAAAGCAGGGUUAAUUUGGACUCACUUCUCCAGAUCUUGAAAGAAUUAUAAUGCGACGUGUGUAUGAGAAUGGCCUACAAUCACAUUGUAAACAAUUAGUCAUUGCAUGUAAAUUAAGGAUCAAAUUAUCUAAAUGGCACAUAGAUGAGCUGAAAUUAUAAUCAAAGCUGAAAAUAUGAACAAUUCAAAGGGCAGAUACCAGAUACACAACUUUUACAUAGCAUGUAUGUAAGUCGCUCUGGAUAAGAGCAUCUGCUAAAUGCCUGUAAUAUAAUUUAAUGUAUCUUUAAAUUGUUGAAUUGCCUUACAUUGUAAUAAGAAUAUACCUAUUUUCACAGAUUAAGUUAAAUUGUUAACUUUGUAACUGUUAAAUUGUUAACUUUGUAACUGUUAAAUUGAUAACUUUGUAACUGUUAUUGUACUAUAGGUUUAUGGGACAGAUAAAGUUUAGCGAAACAAGUACAACAGUAUAAUUUCACAAUGUAAAAAUAAUAAAAGCAUCUUAUUUGUUAACACAAUUUUAUAAACAAAACAAUGGUAAAGAAAAAAAAAAGAAAUGGUAAAGAAGGUCCUCGGUUUGAAUCCCGGCCUAGGCCUUUCUGCGUGGAGUUUGCAUGUUCUUCCCAUGACUGCGUGGGUUUCCUCCGGGUACUUGGGGUUCCUCACAGGUUCCAAAGACAUGCAGGUAGGCUAAUUGGAAACUCUAAAUUGCCCCUAGGUAUCAGUGGGUGACAUGGUGUGUGUGCCUUGCGAUAAGCUAGCAAACUGUCCAGGGUGUAAUUCCUGCCUCUCACCCAAUGCAUGCUGGGAUAGGCUCCAACACCUCCCAUGACCCUGACCAGGAAUAAGCAGGUAUAGAUGACGGAUGGAUAACGACUCAUUUUAUUCAUGCUGUGCUUUUCAACACCCAAAGCAGUACACGCACUGGAUUAUUCAAACGAAUAGCGUCGUUUUAAAAAUGUUUUUUUAAUUUAUCAUUUAUUUUUUUUUUUUUUUACAAUUUUAAGUAUAACACGGGUCAGUUGCAGAUUAUUUCCACUAUAAAUUAUUUGUAUUUCAGACUUCCAGACUUAACAUGGUAAGAUGGAAAAACGCAGGGCCAAGGGGACGGGGUAGUAUUUCUCUGAAAUAGAUAUCGUUGAAUUUGAGCUAAGAUGGUCAAUAUUGCUUGUUGGAACUUCGCUUCAUUUAUUUUGAUAUCAACACUUUUGAUGGCAGGUCAUGAUUUUGCACAUUUUAAUCACUUAGAGGCAGUACUUUUAGUAACUUGGCAUUGUACGCUGAAAACGUGUUUUUGUUCUCCUCCACCAACGCACCAGUUCGUGUUUUCUUCCGCGAACGUCUCAAAUGUCAGACUGACUACGUCAUGCGGAGAUGCAAGCCACGCCCAUGUAGUAAAUUCGCCCAAGUAAAUAAACGUAUUUCAGUGAAAAUGAAACUGACAGUCCUGAGGUUAUUCUCGCAUAGUUACUAGCUCUGAAUGUUAUAUCUGACAGAAAACGAAAGAAACGAAAACGAAGCUGCUGGCGAUUUUUGCUAACACACUUUUAGGGACCUUCAGAAAUGCCGGGGAUGGAUCACCACACUGGAUCUAAACACCUGUCCUAUAAGGAUGCCCUUCAAUGGCAAAUGCCGGCAUCAGGGCCAGGAAAUUCAGCUGCCGCCCAAAAUGACCCCGUGAACAAACUCAAAGCUUCCCUUCGCAACAUCAUGCACAGGCACCCUGAGGGAAUGUCGCUGGCUCAGAUUCGAAGGUCCUGUCCUUUGCUCCGUGACCCUGUCCUUUUGAAGGACUUUGCUUCUUCCAAGCUGCUCCUGGCCUCACUGACUGAUGUGGUGCAACUGCAGGGCAUUGGCAUUCAGACUCGAGUUUGCCCAGCAGCAGCAGCAGCAGCACCUCGGACAUAGCGCCCGCAGGGCUGUGUCCUUAUAAAUGUACAAUCCUCACAGAGACACGGCAGGGAUUAGUUAUUCAUGUGUUCUCUUUCAGUCUGUUAUAUCCCUGUGUGAUACAAAGAUAGAAAAUGUUGAUAUUCAAGAAUACAGCUUCAUAUUUUUUGUACUACUCAAUAUAAUUACAGGUACUCAUGCCAAACUCUUGUACAUUUGACUUGCUUUGAAUAUAGGACCAUUUUGUCAGUUCAUUCCUGUCCUGAUUAGUGUGAUGUAAUAUAGUCAAAUUUAAUUUCCUAUUUAGGAUUGUUGACUCAAUAGAUAGAUAUUUAUAUAUAUAUAUAUAUAUAUAUAUAUAUAUAUAUAUUUUAAAAUAAAAGUAAUCAAUGUCAGUGAUUUAUUUCAUAACCUGAAGUCUUUUCUUGGCUACUAACCUAGCUAGCUAGUUAGUUAUAUUGCAUGUAAUUCAUAUUAAAGUUAGCAUAAUUCAAAUUUUUAACAUAUUUUAAUUUAAAUAUGUACAAAAGUAAUUUGUAAUUAAUAAAAAAUAUAUAUUUCUGGUGUUCUCUUUGUUACCGAUAUUAGAUUGUGUGAGAACAAUUAUAGUUUAUACAGGCCCUGCACCUCGCGCACAAUAUUUGUAAAAAAGGAAAUCUCAGCACUGUUUGAAACACAUUUUGGUAUAUUUUAAAAUAAAUUAUUGGUUAUUUGGAAGCUACUAA